UACAGAUCUUCUGGUUUCUGUCUGUAAUGAAGACCAGAAGACAUCAGUGAAUCUGCUGGACUGUGGGAUAGAAGUGAAACAAGAAGACACAGAAGCAGAUGACGGUUAUUUGAUUUAUUCAGGUAUGUACAGUUUUUCCUGAGACAAAAUUGGUCUUUGGUGGAGGUUGCUGAACAUUUUUAUACACUCACACAUUAAAAAGUACCCAUGUAAACAUAAUUUUUAUUAAAUGUAUUUAAUAUUUUUUAAACAUGUCACUUAAACACAAAGUAUGGUUAAACAUGUUAUAACCUCCUACACGCUAUAUAUACAUUUAUCAGACACAGAUAUUAUUUAUUGCUUGUCACUCUCGCUGUCAUCAUUUUUUGCCCUCUUAGCAAACAAGUAUGGUUGUUUAUUCACUUUUAUUGCUUUGUAGGAUAUCCUUCUUUGGUAGACCUGAUUAUUAGACUAAGCUUGGUAUAUAAUCAUACCAAUAACAAUUUUACAAUAUAAAACUAAAUUAAAUUAGAAGCUAACUUGUGCUUGUUUUGGUUUCUCCUCACUCCAGUCUAAACAAAAAAAAAACCUUUACUACAAAAUGUCAUAAAUGAUAAAUUUAGGGGUGUAACGAUACACCAAUGCCACGGUUCGGUCCGAUUCGGUUUGCUGUGGGUGUAGGGUUUCUGUCAUUUUAACAGCAAUGCUAAGGAACAAUAGAUUAACUUAACUUAAUAAUAACAACAAAAAUAACUUGACUUUUUCUUUAUUGACUUUGGCAAACAAACUUAAAAUCAAACUUUUACGGUAAUAAUGCAGGACUGUAAAUAGCUGUUUAUAAGGUGAUGAAUAUCAUUACUUAAUUAAAAUGCUGAAAAUGUUACUGUCUAAGUCAACUAAUGGAUGAAAUAAAUGUACUAUGAAUCUGUAAAUUUGAGUAUAAUGUGGGUUUAUUAUCAGUAAUGAACUAAUCAAGGUUAUCAUCACACACACACCAAAGGUCGGGUUAGACUAAAAAUUCCGACAACACUUAUUAUCAGUCAUUUCAUGCUUUAAUGAUUAAAAUUGUUUCUAUUUACAUGUUCAUUUUUAAUCAUGAACUUACAAAACGAGCAUACAAGUUCAAAUGUGUUUAUUUAUUUGUGAAGAAGAGAACCGAUGAACAGAGACCAUGCAUCACUUUACAUGUUUAACACCAUGAAACAGAUGAAUUAAUGAUUUUUUUCUCUCAGUGACAGCGGAGGCGAUUAAACACGAAAACUUUGUUCAUCAUUUGUUGAUCUGCAAUCUCAGGCGGAGCAGCCAUUCUGCGACCUGCGUUCACUCCCAAGUCAAGUGACAUGACAUGCACUUGGAAAACAGUAACUUUGGAAUAUAAUAUUUAGAACAGCAUUUAAAAAGCUCUUAUUAGUUGUUACUAAUACAAUUUAAUCAAAUGUAUGCAAUUUUUUAAAUAAAUAAAUUAGUUAGUCAGAGAUAAGUGACAUUAACCUCAAUAAUAGGCAGCAGGAGGCAUGAGAGUACCGCGGCACGCCACGAGAGUUUCGCGUUGGCCAGUAUUGACAUAAAAGACAGGAAAACUACAAUUGCAGUUUCAAAAAUGAUUGGUGUAAUGUUUUUACUGUCAUAUUGUUUAUAAUGAUUUUCUCUUUUCAUUUCAGACCUGAUGGAGCCAAGAGAACAAUCAGAUCAAGAUCAGAAAGCAGUAAAGGAGGAAAUUUCACAACUCGAUGAAAUGGAGGAGAAACCUCAUCAUUUGAUACCCAAGGAAGAAUCUCUGAGCUGCUCGAUUACUGGGAGCAAUUUGUCACCUAAAAGAAAAAACAAGCAAAAGGCAACAGCUAAGGAUGCUCUUACUUGCGCUCAGUGUGGAAAGACCUUCACAUAUAAAUAUAUGCUUAAUAAUCACAUGAGAAUUCACACUGGAGAAAAACCUUACAGCUGUGAUCAGUGUGAAAAAAGUUUUACAAAUAAAUUUCAGUUAAAUGAGCACCGGAGAGUUCACACUGGAGAAAAACCCUACAGCUGUGAUCAGUGUGAAAAAACCUUCAAACGCAAGUUUUGCCUUAUUAUUCACAUGAGACUUCACACUGGAGAAAGGCCUUACAGAUGUGAUCAGUGUGGAAAGACCUUCCAUAGAAAAUCGUAUUUAAGUGAGCACACAAAAAAUCACACUGGAGAAAAGCCUUACAGAUGUGGUCAAUGUGGAAAGAGUUUCAUUCGUAGGUUUAAUCUUAACGGGCACAUAAGAAUUCACAAUGGAGAAAAACCUUACAGCUGUGAUCAGUGUGGAAAGACCUUCAAUAGAAAAUUGCAUUUAAGUGAGCACACAAAAACUCACACUGGAGAAAAGCCUUACAGAUGUGAUCAAUGUGGAAAGAGUUUUGUUCGUAAGUUCGAUCUCAACGGGCACAUAAGAAUUCACAAUGGAGAAAAGCCUUACAGAUGUGAUCAAUGUGGAAAGAGUUUUAUUCGUAGGUUUAAUCUUAACGGGCACAUAAGAAUUCACACUAGAGAAAAACCUUACACCUGUGAUCAGUGUGGAAAGACUUUCAAUAGAAAAUUGCAUUUAAGUGAGCAUACAAAAAUUCACACUGGAGAAAAGCCUUACAGAUGUGAUCAAUGUGGAAAGAGUUAUGUUCGUAGGUUCGAUCUCAACGGGCACAUAAGAAUUCACACUGGAGAAAAACCUUACAGCUGUGAUCAGUGUGAAAAGAGUUUCGUUCGUAAGACUGACCUUAAUCAGCACAUAAAAACUCACACUGGAGAAAAACCUUACAGAUGUGAUCAGUGUGGAAAGAGUUAUGUUCGUAAGAGCGAUCUCAACGGGCACAUGAGUAUUCACACUGGAAAAUGGCCUUUCAGCUGUGAUCAAUGUGGAAAGAACUUAAGGAAUAAAGCCCACCUUAAAGAACACAUGAGAAUUCACACUGGAGUAAAACCUCACAGCUGUGAUCAGUGUGGAAAGAGCUUCAUUCGUAAGAUUGAUCUCAAAAGGCACAUGAGAAUCCACACUAAAGAAAGGAUGUUCAUCAUGAGAGAUCAGAUGGAUGUGAUGUGCUGUAAAUCAGAUGUAUCUGGUGUCUCUCUCUGUGGCUUUACUGAUCAAACAUCUACAUAUCUUUUGGUUUCUGUCUGUAAUGAAGACCAGAAGACAUCAGUGAAUCUGCUGGACUGUGGGAUAGAAGUGAAACAAGAAGUCACAGAAGGAGAUGAAGACCUGAUGAAGCCAAAAGAAGAAAUUACAAAUGCAAGAGAACAGACAGAUCAAGAUCAGAAAGUGGUAAAGGAGGAAAUUUCACAAUUCAAUGAAAUGGAGGAGAAACCUCAUCAUUUGAUACCCAAAGAAGAAUCUCUGAGCUGCUCGAUAACUGUGAGGAAUUUGUCCCCUAAAAGAAAAAACAAGCAAAAGGCAACAGCCAAGGAUGCUCAUAUUUGCCCUCAGUGUGGAAAGACCUUCAAAUAUAAACAUAUACUUAAAAAUCACAUGAGAAUUCACACUGGAGAAAAACCUCACCGAUGUGAUCAGUGUGGAAAAAGUUUCUUAAAGAAAUGUAACCUUAAUGAGCACAAAAGAAUCCACACUGGAGAAAAACCUUACAGCUGUGAUCAGUGUGAAAAGAGUUUCGUUCGUAAGACUGACCUUAAUCAGCACAUAAAAACUCACACUGGAGACAAACCUUACAGAUGUGAUCAGUGUGGAAAGAGUUAUGUUCGUAAGAGCGAUCUCAUCGGGCACAUGAGUAUUCACACUGGAAAAUGGCCUUACAGCUGUGAUCAAUGUGGAAAGAACUUCAGGAAUAAAGCCCCCCUUAAUGAGCACACAAGAAUUCACACUGGAGAAAAACCUUACAGCUGUGACCAGUGUAAAAAGAGGUUCAUUCGUAAACUGGAACUCAACAGGCACAUGAGUGUCCACACUGGAGAAAAACCUUUUAGAUGUGACCAAUGUGGAAAAAGCUUCAGUCGUAAGAUUGAUCUCAACAGCCACAAGAGAAUUCACACGAGAGAAAACCCUUACAGCUGUGAUCAUUGUGGUAAAAGUUUCAUGAAUAAAUUUCACCUUAAUGACCACAAGAGAAUCCACACGGGACAAAAGCCUUACAGAUGUGAUCAAUGUGGAAAGAGUUUCGUUCGUAGGUAUAAUCUUAACGGACACAAAAAAAUUCACACUGGAGAAAAACCUUACAGCUGUGAUCAGUGUGGAAAGAGUUUUGUUCGUAGGUUCAAUCUCAAUGGGCACAUAAAAAUUCACACUGGAGAAAAACCUUACAGAUGUGAUCAGUGUGGAAAGAGUUAUGUUCGUAAGAGCGAUCUCAACAGGCACAUGAGCAAUCACACAGGAAAAUGGCCUUACAGAUGUGAUCAAUGUGGAAAGAUCUUCAGGAAUGAAGCCCCCCUUAAUGAACACAUGAGAAUUCACACUGGAGAAAAACCUUUUAGAUGUGAUCAGUGUGGAAAGAGCUUCAUUCGUAAACUCGAACUCAACAGGCACAUGAGAAUUCACACUGGAGAAAAACCUCACAAAUGUGAUCAGUGUGGAAAGAGCUUCAGUCGUAAGAUUGAUCUCAAAAGGCACAUGACACUGCACACUAAAGAAAGGCCUUAAAAUGUCCCUACUAUGGUGAUUUUUGUAAUUUAAGAGUUCAGAUGCAAAGAGCACUAAAUGAAAAAACGUUUGCUUCAAAUUCGUUUAAUCCCAGCCUCAGGCCAUUCAGAAAUACCAGUUUGUUGGCAGAAUCCAUUAAGAGUCUGAUAGAAAUUUCACAUCAGGGCGGUUCUAGACCCUUUUUAGGGGGACUUCAACCACCCUGUCUGUCAUCUUAGCCACCCUACAAUUAUUAAAUCUAUCAAACUAUCAGAUAUACAGUUAUGUUCAAAAUAAUAGCAGUGCCAGAUCAGUAACGUGAUAAACCGCUGUUAUCCGUAGUAGUAAUAUUUCUGAAUUAGAAAUGAUUUAUUUACAGAUGUAGUAGUGUAAUAGAAAAACAAUAGACCCAUUUGUUAUGAUAUCCACACUACUUUUUCCGAGUUAUAGACUCAUUGAAAGUGGCAUGAUCAAAAUAAUAUUAGUGUGAAGUUUAAUUGGAAAAUUAGUUUAUUCUGUGAAAAAAACACCUUUUUGUCCUUUAUUACAGUGAGAGUUUCACCAAUUGUUAUAAAAUAUAUCUGCUGCUGAAUUACUGAGUAAAAUCGACCAAGACGGGGGCAGAAGAGUCACACCCUACCGCACAUUCUCGUCCCCCUCUCCUCAUUAAUAGGGUUUAUGCCCAGCUGCACUACUUCCUGAACUUCAGCCAGCUCCUUGUUUCCUGUCUGCCAUUAUUGGAAAAACGGAUUAAUCCAGGUGUGCCUGACCUCAGUAGUCACAAACGAACUGAUUAAUCCAGGUGUGCCUGACCUCAGUGGAUUAAUCAGUUUGUCCAAUAAUGGCAGACAGGAAACAAGAAGCUGGCUGAAGUUCAGGAAGUAGUGUAGCUGGGCAUAAAGCCAGUUGUAUAUAGUAAUAUUAUUUAACUAUAUUCUGCAAGAUGGUUCUAAACCCGAACCUCUGCUUAUAGUUUGAAUUUUGUACUAAGCUGUAUACAAACGAUUGAAUGGGGCUACAUGGGAACUUUUAGCAAGAGAUUGUGGGAGCGGCAUUGUUAAACUGCUUUAGCCAUAACCUCUAGUACGGUCGAGUUUGUGUUUGGAAACCGCACAACGGCCAAAAAUGCACUUUUUGAUACGAAACCUAAAAAUGAACAGGAACUGUGGAUCUUGGGCUAAAAUAGCUGUUUCUGGGUGCCAGAAGUUGGUUGAGUUGAUUUGACACAGAUGUGCAAGAGACAUUAACAACAAUGGUUAUGCAACUAAAUAUAAAUAGUUCAAUAGUUAAAAUGAAGUUAAAUCUUAAGAAAUGUCUCUACAGAGAAAAAUGUUGACAUUGCUAUUUUUUU